GAGACAUGUCAGCAGUUCAUAGAAUAAUAAUUUUUAUUUUUUAAAUUUUUUAUCCUUGUCGAAUUAUUAUACUGUCCCUUAAAUGGAGUAAAUGAUGCCUGCUCUAGAACCUGCCCUGGGUUAUUUUGUGACCUCCUGGAGACGUCUUACAUGGGAUUUUGGAGUCAUUUUCCAUUUGUUUUUCAUCUUUUCAUAAUAUUUUUUUUAGAUUUUGGCAUUAUGUGUUGUUUUUUGAGAUCUUUUAGCCGACUUCAUGUUUUCAGACAGAUGAUUCUUAAGUGAUUCAACAACUUACAUUGCAACCAGGCUUUGGGUAUAACAUGUGAAAUUGACCCAAAAAUGGGAUUAAUCACUGUUAUUCAUAAUUCAACACAACUGAACUUUCACACAGGGUCGGAUUGAGCUUUCUGCCCUCCAGUAAAUUUAUUAAAAACAGCUUUUGCUGUUAAUGAAGUGAAGCAAAUCCAGAGGAAAUAAGAGUAGUUAAUUAAAUGAAGCAUUUCCUUCCAUCAUAAUAGUUUAAAAGAUUGUCACACCAAACCUCCAGUCUUUCCAGCAAACUUAAAUUUGGGCUUCAAAGUUGUCAAUCAUUAGUCGCUCCUACACCCGGUUUAGUCUCACUUCAUUUUUUUCUAUCUUUUCCCGCUGACGGUUACAACGUGACAUAAAGGCCAGAUGCAUGUUGCGUAAGUUGAUCCCUCAUGAGAGCUGCUGCCCUCACCCAGCACAAAACUCCAAGGUCCAACCAUAGUUAGUGAUCCUCUCCAGCGGAGACAGUCCUUUCUGACCAGGUCAGCAGAUUAGAGCCUGAAAAGCCUCAGUAAAGAUGGGAGACUGGGGGAUUUUGUCCACCUUGCUGGAGCAAGUCCAGUCCCAGUCCACCGUGAUUGGGAAGAUCUGGAUGAGCGUCCUCUUCCUGUUCCGGAUCAUGGUGCUGGGAGCGGGCGCCGAGAGCGUCUGGGGCGACGAGCAGUCGGACUUCAUCUGCAACACCCAGCAGCCCGGUUGUGAGAACGUCUGCUACGACCAUACCUUCCCCAUCUCGCACAUCCGCUUCUGGGUCCUGCAGAUCCUCUUCGUGUCCACGCCAACGCUCAUCUACCUGGGCCACGCCAUGCAAGUCGUCCAGCACGAGAAGAAGCUGAGGGAGGCGCUGGCGAGUCCGGACGGGCCGCGGAAACUCAAGCAGCCCAAAUACAGCGACGAGAAGGGACACGUAAAGAUCAAGGGGAACCUGCUGGGCAGCUACCUGACCCAGCUCAUCUUCAAGAUCAUCAUCGAGGCCGGCUUCAUUGUGGGGCAGUACUACCUGUACGGCUUCGUCAUGGUCCCCAUGUUCGCCUGCCAGAGGAAGCCGUGUCCCUUCACCGUGGAGUGCUACAUGUCCCGGCCCACCGAGAAGACCAUCUUCAUCAUCUUCAUGCUGGUGGUGGCCUGCGUCUCCCUCCUCCUAAACGUCAUCGAGUUGUUCUACCUGAUGGCCACAAGGUGCAAGUCCAAGCGCCGCACCCAAAGGGCGACAUCGGCAGAGAACCCCGCCAGCCUCUCGAGCCCCAGGUGGCCGACGACGGAGGACACGAUGCGGCAGAACAAGAUGAACAUGGAGCUGGAGAACCACAGCGUGGGAGGCAGCCUGGACGGAGCCAAAGAAGAGAAACGGCUCCUGAGCGGACAUUAGCUUCCCAAGAUUAGCUUGUUUUCAAUACCUUCAAGAGACUCAAACCAGUAUGUUCGUUCAAAGAAAGUCAUUGUGCGAUCGUGUAUAUUGUAAACUAACAAAAAUCACCAUAAAUAUCCAACGGGAAGAGUCACAGUAGCUGUGUUUCCGUUACAAAUGAGCGCAAAACUUUGUCGAUAUUCUGCUGUUAAAAAACAACAACACAAUUUUGCAAUUAAAAUCACAUGAAUUAGUCAUUAACAAACAUGCCGCUCCAUUGUCCACCUACCAUUUCCUGUUGUCUUCUUCAUGGUUUCCGGCAGUAGUAACAUCUAGUUGUUGAUCUUCUGUGAUGUGAAAAAAGUGUUUCCAAUACAGUUUUGCUAAACACGAUAUUUUUGAAAUUGAAAUUGACAAAUUUACUUUUGUAAUUCCAAUUUUCUCAAUCAUAUGGUGAAUGGUAACGCAGCUAUUGAUGGAUUUUUCUUCUUGUUUUAACUUGAAAUCUACUAAUAAACGUGUGCAAUACUGAUUUUAUUUAUACUUGUGACUGGAAGAGUGAGAAGCUUGUUUAAGUUUGUGUUCUCUGUGUGUUUGUGACACAGAUCUGUUCCAUUAAAAUACGCUUCCUGUACUGUGAUUACAAUGAUUGUAGCAGAGAUAUUUUUUGUAUGGCUUUAUCUCUUUCUAAUAAAUGAUUGAAACUGAACAAAGUUGUUUUUUUUAACUAUUGAAAAAAAAGUAAAAAAUAAAAUUCUGAAGAAUCUGAAUAAUAGCGGAUCUAUAAAAUACUUCACUUGUGAAUUAGUGUGAUUUAGUCAUUCAUACUACACCAACAUAUUAGCUUUUUCUCGCUCUCUGACUAUAAAUAAUACUAAAUGUUUCCUGAUUUAGCUCAUUUAUCAGGUUUUUAGCAGUUGUUAUGACUUGGGUCAAACGUUUUUGACCUCAAAAACAUCAACUUUGUUGUCUUUAAAUGCCUUUUUAAAUAAUUUUGCUAAGAGGAUGAUCGAUUGACUUCCUGUCUUGAGAUUCAGUUAUCCCACAUAAUAUUUUUUCAUUGUGACGUCAUCCAUUGCAUGAUGUGGACCAAUCCCUCCUACAACAAAACACCUACACACCAUGAUGCUUUCACCCCCAUACUUUCUAAUUGUGGCUUUUCCAUAAAAUGUAAUAAUCAGUAUGAUGAAAUUGAGUGAUAUAACCUUAAAAAUUAAGGUCUUCAACCUGUAUUCUGGCUUUUUAUGUUGCUUUUGGAGUAACGGCCUCUUCCUUCCUGAACGGCCUUUCAGCACAAAACUUAUUUCUCUAUGAAA